GGCUCAGUUUAACAACUUCCCACAGUUUGAAUUCAGCUGUGGUAGAGGACUGGGAGCUGCUUGUUAUUGUUAAGCCCUAGUAACAAAGUCUUCUAGUAAAGAAGAUGCAAACUCUGCAUAGCAGCCAAUCUGUUAGACCUUUUAAACUGAGAAAGAGUUUUGCAACUAGACUGGAAGAAGUAGCAGGAAUUCGGGCAAAGUUCCCAACAAAAAUCCCGGUAAUUGUUGAACGGUAUCAGAAAGAAAAAUAUCUUCCUCUACUGGACAAAACAAAAUUUCUUGUUCCUCAGGAGUUGACCAUGACACAGUUUAUAACCAUCAUUAGAAGCAGAAUGGCUCUAAAUGCUACACAAGCUUUCUACCUGCUGGUGAACAACAAGAGUCUGGCCAGUAUGUCUCUGACACUGGCUGAAGUGUACAGGGACUACAAAGAUGAAGAUGGCUUUGUAUAUAUGACAUAUGCUUCCCAGGAGAUGUUUGGAUGUCUCUUGCCCACUGCCCAAGGGAAACUUAUGGAAUGCCCCCUAAAAACAUAAGGGCAUGUCUGGCUGCUGCUGCUAGGCAGCUGAUCAUGCCAGUGACUUGAAGAUCAGAGAUGCUCUUUCUAGUAUGGGCUCUUAAACCCUGUACUGAGGGUUAAUGGCCCAGAUGUUGGCAGGACCAACUAAUGGAGAAGUGGUGGUGCUCUAUUCCUAGAUAAGUAACUUGGAGAUAUAUAUAUAUAUUUUAUAUUUGAAAAGACACUAGUGGGUUUUUUGAACAGCACCUUUAGAAUCCUUUUUGUAAUGUCAAUGUUUAAGUUAUGUAACUGCUUUUUAAGGGAACUCUAAAGCCUGAGCCUAACAGAAUCAAAUAAAGAUACUUUUAAGACUA